UAUAUUAAUCAAUUGAAGUGCGCGAUUACAUUAGAACGAGUGUGUAACGAUUAACGGCAGUAAAUCAUGUUUCUGGAGAGUGUGCAUCUGUUCACGCUGACACUGGUAGCGCUGGCAGCAGCCUCGUGGGGCGACGCGAGGCAAAGUCAGUACCACAUUCAAACGGAUGAGGGACCUGAGAGAUACUUCCGCUUUCAGACCGACAACGGACAGUUCCGCAAGGAGAAACGGCUGCAGGACGGCACAGUCAUCGGCACAGAAGCCUGGAUCGAUGCUGCCGGCUUUUUGCGGCAGAAGGACUACAUCGCCGACAAGGAGGGAUAUCGUAUACUGAAAUCCAAGACUGUUUUUGUGGGUCAAAACAGAGGCAUUGAGGAGGCAAUCAAGUCCACGAAAGCAGCGCCAGCUCAAUCUGGCGUUCUGGUCGAUGGGAAUGUGGGCGGCAAUAGCGUAGCUGGCGGCUAUCGCAAACAUGGCUCUCGGUACAGCAGCACAACCACAACUACCACGCCCCCGCCGGCAUUGUAUGGCUCACCAAACUUGGCCACUGCUAAUCUGGACUCUGGCGUGGGCAAACUCAACUACCUGCCGCCCGAGCAGGCAGCCAAGAUAGAGCCCCAAACGCAGCUAGGAUUCGACCACUAUCCGGACGAGCUGCCAAGAGCGCGCGAUCAUCUCUUAGGCGGCAAUGUGCACAUUCAGCCCAACGCGGAGCCCAUCGAUGACAUCAAUGCGAUCAACGUGUACGAUGAGGAGGCGGAUCAUGGGUUUGCGCCGGGUCGCUUUGCUGCCGUGAUUGGUUCAACAACGCCGCGUCCUUCUGUGCCCUCGCCAGCUUUCUUGGCGCCAGAGCUGUCCAUGCUGCCGCCUCUGAGCUCUCACCGCAGGAGAAUCCGACCACGCCCAACAGCCAUUGGCAUUGUGUCCACGACUCCUGCACCCAUUGCGGCGCAGGAUCAGUUUGCUUAUUCAACGCCCGCGCCCUUCGUUGCGUCGCCCUCCCUUGGCGAUGCCGGGUAUCACUACGCGCCCACGGCCACGCCCCCGCGCAGUGCAUAUGGCUUAUACACAUCCAACUUACCACUGGAUGUGAAUGCAUUGGAUUCGCCUUUGCUGCCACCGUUGCCGGAUCGAGCGUACCGCCGCCGACUCCGUCCGCUGCACAGCAACAAUCUGGACGGCUCGGACUACGAUGGGGUCAGCGUGACUCGCAACGGAUUCCGCUAUGUGCUGCCCAAGCAGUACCACGAGGAGGCCCAGGUGGAUGGCAAGCGGGCGGGCAGCUACGGCUAUGUAGAUCCGUUCGGCAUACGCCGUGUCGUCUACUACAAUGCAGCGCCCGGACGUGGCUUCGUGCACCGCAACAACAAUCAGUAUGUGGGUGCGAAUGGAGCGCCGUACGACGACCCCGGCCCAGCGCAGCUGGUGAACGAGUGAAGUGCGUUACUAGCGUCCUUGUCAUAGCAAUUAAUCGAUAAUCGAAUCCACGUACUCUCUCCCAGUCCCCUCACUAAGCACCAAAACUAACCGAACUGCCUCAACGUAUGAGUGGUGUCCACAAAAUGAAAGCAUUUUUAGAUACUGUAGGUAGUGAAUACCUAUCGCUUGCUAAUCUGUAUAUAACCAGGCUUUACGCCUUAACCCUGCGCCCAGACACACGAACCACAUAACAAACAAAACGAAUAUCUGUGUUAAUUAAUUUAAUACUUAUAUAUUUAACUUAAUUUAUGAAUAAUCCAAUGUGCAAUUCGCGCCUAGAUUUAGUUAGACUAAAGCUUCAUUAGGGGCACUCGAUGUCGGUGCGGUAAGUGAAAAUAGUUUCAUGUAUUAAUCUUGCCAUAUUAACAACACGUAAAUAAACAC